ACCUAAACCCGGAAGUGGCUAAUGCUAACAAGCUACUAGCAGUAAUGACUGACUAGACUCGGCUCCUAUUUUGGCAGCUUCAGAGAGGCAGGAUGGGCCGGCAGAGGAAGAGGGUGGUGAACAGCGAUGCUGGUCCCCCACCAAGGAGAGAUGAGAGGCCCCCUGCGCUCCACCGCAAGAAAAAGAAAUUUGAUAUUGGCAAAAUUUUCAUCAACAUCUCCAUUGGCCUUUGCAUUUUCAGUCUCAUCUGGUUCUUCUACGCCCUGUACAUGCAUUCAGCACUAGCUAAACGCGUGAUGACCUUACACCCCUCGCCUUCCGUCCUGGACGUCGACAGCAGCAGCGCCAAGGUCUCCCCACAGAGGUUCUGGGGCUCGUACAGGCCACAAGUGUACUUUGGUAUGAAAACAAGGAGCCCAAGAUCCAUGGUGACAGGCAUGAUGUGGAUGCGGCAGUUCUCUGACACAGAUGUGAAUCUGCGGCACACGUGCGAGCAGGGAGACCGGUUGCAGGGUUACGGUUGGCUUAUGCAUGACGGCUUGACUUUUGGGGUCCAGGAAAUCAAAGAGAGCGACUUCACCCUGACCACAGAGUUUGUGAAGAGGAUGGGUGGAGAUCACGGAGGUGACUGGACCUGGAGGAUCACGGCAAAACAGCAUAGCUCCGCCCCUCAACCACCUGUCAUAUCACUGAUGUUCUAUGCGGCAGCAGAUACUCAAGGUUUUCUUGAAGCACAUGUGGAAGACAAAAAACGUCUUGCUUCCAUCACUGGGUUCUCAGAGGAGCUUGGAAAUUUCAAGAUAACCUUUGGGAAACCUGUGACCGGGGAGGUAUCCAGCGCUAAAUAUGCCAGUUACAACCACCUUCAAACCGUCUCCCCCGGCCUGGAGAAGUUGACUGACAUUGUGAGACAGAGCCUGAACCGCAGGUUCGUCUACAGCCCCCCCUCUGGAGAGAAAAGGCAUUACAUUGCUGUGGACACCUACAAGCCUCCUCAGCGGCAAAACCAACAGCAGCCCGCCGACCCACGAAAAGAGAGCGACUUUGUGGUGCACCAGGUCACCGUCCAGACCCCGUUUCAGAUCGAGGUUCUGUUCGAGUCGGCGAGCUUUCGCUCUCGCCCCAACCAGCUGGUCGGCGCCGUCAUGACUCAGGAGCUGGAGCAGAGGAAAGCUGAGUUUGACGAGAAGUUCAAGAAGACCUUCGGCCUGGAGGAAAAGGGCUUCAAGGCGAGUCAAGUGCGGUUUGCCAAGGCGGCGCUCAGCAACAUGUUGGGCGGGAUGGGUUACUUCUAUGGUCAGUCGGUGGUGAAGUCCGUGUAUAAUGAGUACCCACUCCUCUAUCCGGAGGGCGCUUUGUUCACAGCCGUCCCGUCACGCUCCUUCUUCCCGAGAGGGUUUCUGUGGGAUGAGGGCUUUCACCAGCUGCUGCUGAGCAAGUGGGAUGCCCAGGUGACCAGAGAGUCCAUUUCCCACUGGGUAGAUCUGAUGAACAUCGAGGGCUGGAUCCCCCGCGAGCAGAUCUUGGGAGACGAGGCUCGCAGUAAAGUCCCUGCUGAGUUUGUAGUUCAGCACAACGAGAACGCCAACCCGCCCACACUCUUCUUGGCCCUGCAGGAGCUGAUUGAACAGCUCUCCUUCAAUCCAGACCAAGAAGAAUCCACGCUGCCUUUCCUCCGACGGCUCUUCCCGCGACUGAAAACCUGGUUCGGCUGGUACAACGUAACCCAGGCGGGGCCGAAGCCAAACUCCUACCGCUGGCGAGGACGUGACAAGGACACCAACCUGUUUCUUAAUCCCAAAACCCUGACCUCGGGCCUGGACGACUACCCUCGGGCGUCGCACCCGUCAGUUGAGGAGAGGCAUGUGGACCUGCACUGCUGGAUGGCUCUGGCCUCGGGCAUCAUGGCGCAGAUCGCUCGUCUCCUUGGUGAGGAGCACCAUGUCUUCCAACUCACCCACCAGGCCCUGACCAACAACAGUCUGCUGAAUGAGCUCCAUUGGUCCGAAACACUCAAAGCCUUCAGCGACUUUGGCAACCACACUGAGAAUGUUUCCCUCCAGCAGGAGAAGGUCUACGUUCCCCCCGGACAACCUCGCCAUCAGUACCCCGUGGCACGGCUCGUGCGUGCGGUGGGCAGUGAGCCAAAACUCCGAUAUGUGAACGCUCUGGGGUACGUGAGCUUGUUCCCCUUCUUACUGCGGAUCCUCGAACCGGACUCCCCCAAACUGGAGCCCAUUCUCCGGGACAUGAGAGACCCCAACAAGCUGUGGACACCUUACGGUUUGCGGUCGCUCUCCAAGGCCGACCCGCUGUACAUGAAGCGGAACACCAAGCACGACGCCCCCUACUGGAGGGGGGCCGUUUGGAUCAACAUCAACUACCUGGCCGUCACCGCCCUUCAUCACUACGGCAACACGCAGGGGCCAUAUCAGGAGAAGGCAGCUGCUCUCUAUGAAGAACUCAGGACUAACAUCGUCACCAAUGUUUACAGACAGUACGUGGAAACCGGUUACGUCUGGGAGCAGUACAGCGACAGCUCCGGACGAGGUCAGGGCAGCCACCCCUUUACCGGCUGGUCGGCGCUGACUGUGCUCAUGAUGGCGGAGCAAUACUGAGUUCAGGAAACGCAGCUUCUGAUCCAUAGAUUUCUGCCUUAAAACAACAAAGCUGUGAGACCAUCGCAGUUCUGUCCGCAAUCAUUUCAAUCUCAUGUUCUUUGUCGCUGAAAGCCGAAGUCAAUCAUGACCACUUUUGUCAAGACACAAAUUAUACUUAAAUUACGAGGUUUGCCUCAUUGACUCAGCUCCAUCUCCAUUGAUCACGUAAAAUUUAAUUUCUCAAAUCUGCUUAUUUUGAGACUUUUAUUUUAAGUGGUACAUGUUUUCAUUUAAAAGGAAAUUAGGUUCUUGAGUCUCAGUGUUUUCAAAACUCCCCUCACACCACCAGCUCUUGAUAGUAAUUCACUACAUCUAUGUGAACAUGACCAUUGAUAAAUAUUAUGUUUAUUCACUGGGCUCACGACUGCAAGGUCAGUGAAGGCAGCGUGCCUGUUUUGUCCUCUCAGUACGACGGAAGCAGAGACUUGUUUAGUGCAUUUAAAAAUCACAUCUUACAGUUUUACCAUCAUGUUCAUUCUCCUCUUGAGUCGUCAGGGUCGGAAAAGUCAUCUUCUGGAAACCGCCGUCAACAUCCACCAGUUUCACACGGUGUUUUCAGCAUGAAUCUUCUUGGCUUCGUCCAUCAUUCUGUGCCUGUGUCACACUCCUCAUCCAUCAACAACAAAAGUGCCCUCCUCCAAAAAGAGCCCAGACAAAUUAGGCAGCACGGUGCUACAGUGGCUAGCAUUGCCUCAAGUAUCAAAAACGCCAACAAAAAUGAUUUUGCCAUGUUUGUCCUGGAUGUCUGAUAUAAUUUCCAAAAGAAGACUUUAUUCUUUUGUUGUUUUAUAAAUGCUGUAUGCCUCCAGUAUCUGUACAAAAAGUGUCAUAUUUUUCCAAAUGUAUUCUCACACACUGGUCAAAAGGAGAAAACCUUUUGUAAAGGCUUUUGUUAUUCAUUACAGGUCAUUUUCAAGUGUCA